AUGGAUGCUAAUAAUAAAGGAUUAGAUACGGAUAAAGGUAUAAAUUUGGCUUUAGAUCCCAAUUUAAUUACAUUGCCAAUAAAUGGAUCGAUUAAUCCACAGAAUUAUUCAAGUAACGCAAAGGAAAAAGCCAAUCAAGAUAUAUCUGCAAGUGAAAAUUCCAUUGUUAAACCGUCUAGAUCAUUGAUUAAUAAUCCAUAUGAAAUUUAUGGACAAAUGCCACUAACUCAUUUAUUGCCCUUAAUAUUGCAACAGAGGAAUAUUCCAUUCAGUCAAUUAUCCGAAGAAGAUAUAAUUAAUUCAUUAAAUAGUGGAGUUAGAAACCAAUUCACGGCUGGAAAGGAGGAGGAUGCUAAAGAAAAUCAAGAACAUGACGCAGGUGUAAUUACAUCCAACCAAAUAAAUCUCUCUGACCUACAAAAUGAAAAUAUUGAAAUGGAAGAUAUAAAUGCCGUUGUACCAAACACUAUAAACAACGAUAAUAUUAAUAACUCUUCACAUGACGUCACUAUUGGUCAACAGGCAGUUCUAGAUGAGCUUCCAAGCAAUAUGAUGACAAUAACUGAUUUUAAUAAGAUUAGAUCAGAAAUGCUGGAACAAACCACUAUUGCAUUAAAUGAAUCCUCAUUAGCAUUAGAGACUGUAUCAUUGUUAUUAUCUGCUACAAGAGAAAACAAUGCUAAGUCUACAAUAUCGCCGUUUUUAAAGAGUACUGUUCCCUUAGGUUCCUUAAAUGGUGAUAUUGUACCACAAGAUCCACAAAAUAUUAAUGAUGAUUUAUUGUUUAAUGUUGGUUGGAAAUUGAAAUGUCUUAAUGAUUCAAAACAAAUUUUGCGGGAUUCCGUGGAUAAAUUGAAAAUUGAUUUAAUGAAAGAACAUACAUAUUGGAGGAAAAUUGGGAAAUAUAUUAGUAACAAUGAUAUUUUAUUUAAAAUGAGAGAUAAAACCACUGGAUUGAGGACUUUGGCUGUAAAAUAUGGAUUUGAAGAUUCAGGGUCUGAUUAUGAUCGUGACAGAGGUAUUGCCAUUUUAAGAAACAAUAUGACAAAUAAUAGGCUAGAGUUAAUUCCCUUAAAUUACAAUGAUAAGUAUAGUAGAAUUGUAAAUGGCAGUCAUAAUUGGAGUGGUAAUGGAUCCAACACAAAAAUGUCAUCUGUAGAUAAUACAACUAUGGAAACGUUGCUUAAAGUUAGAAUAUUUACCAAGAUCGAAUCAGAAGAUGAUUACAUUUUGAGUGGUGAAAGCUCUUCUAUAUCAUUAAAUGAAAUCAAAGAAAUUAAGUAUGAGUUCGAUGAGAUGGAUGAUUCUAUAAUUACCAAACAAGAAAAUAUAAGAGGACAGAUACAAAAUUUGAAAGACAUGGUUUUUGAGAAGGAAUUAAUUUACCAAUUGAAGAAAGAAUGCUCAUUAUUAAUAUCAUAUGGUGUUACUAUUGAAAAUGAAAACAAAAUUUUAAUAGAACUACCUAAUGAAAAAUUUGAAAUUGAAUUGAUUCAUAGAGAUGAUAUAACAAUAUCGAACCAUGAACAAGAUGCACCAAAGAUUAAUGAUAAAAGAGCCAAUCUGAUGUUAGUUCUCCUAAGGAUGUUAUUAACUGUUCAUUUUAAAAAGAAUCUAAGAAACAAAUACAGGAUCAUUGAGAGUGGUAAGAGAAGUAGAGUUAAUGAUAUUUUGUUGAUCAGACCAAUAUUAAGUAAAUUAAGACAUCAAAAUUAUAAAAAACUAUUAAAGAAAAUAAUUAAGGAUAAUGUGUUAGAUUUCUUACCUGAGGCUACAAUAGAAGAAAUAGAUACCACAAAAACCAACAAAAAUGUACCUGCAGAGACUCAUGAGGAUAAUCAAUACAGAAAUACGCUGGCUGAUCGUCAUAUAGAAAGAUUGAACAAAGAGAUUACAGUCUUUGAUGGAUUAUUAAAUCCACCAUCAUUUGAAUAUAUAAUUAAGAAUCCAAGGAAUGACAUUCUCAAGAUUACUUUAUCAUUACCGAAUUAUUGUACAGCAAAUAUCAUUAUACAAUAUGAAAAUAGUGCUCAAAAUGCAACAAACACAGUAAAACUUAAUGAAAGAGAUGCUUUAUUACCCAUGAUCAAUAACAUCAAAAAUAAUAGUGGCUCCUCUCUUAAUCAACAAGUAUUAUUUCAUUCUGAGUUUUCCGAGUUUAAAGAAGUUGAAGAAUUUUUGCAUUUUAUUGUCACAGAAUAUAUGAUAGAAAGAAAAGAAUCUAUAAAAGUUUAA